GUACUGUUGUGAGUGGACUAGUGAAAUACUUUAAAGAAGAGGAACUGCUGGGGAAGAAAGUUGUGAUGCUUUGUAAUAUAAAGCCAAGCAAAAUGAGAGGUAUUGAAUCACAGGCAAUGUUACUAGCAGCUUCACUGAAUGAUAAGGUGGAGUUAUUGACCCCGCCCAGUGGGUGUGUCCCUGGGGAACGUAUCAUCGUUGAAGGAUAUGAAGAGGAAGAACCUGAUGAUCAGUUGAAUCCGAAAAAGAAAAUAUUUGAACAGAUACAGCCUGAGCUAUCAACCAGUCCCCAGUGUACAGUGACCUAUAGAGGAUGUACCCUAUCCACUUCAGGAGGACCAGUAACUGUGGCAUCAUUAAUUAAUGCUGAUAUUAGAUAAUUAUUGAUAAUGUUCAAGUUUGUUAUUAAUUGCUAAUGAUCAUAAUUAAUA